AUGGCGGAUCCAUUAAGUCUUCUUAGACAAUAUAAUGUUAAUAAAAAAGAAAUUAUUGAACGGGAUGGUCAAAUUAUAUUCGGUGAAUUUUCUUGGCCUAAAAAUGUAAAAACAAAUUAUCUGAUCUGGGGAUCUGGAAAAGAUGGUGCACCAAAAGAGUAUUACACAUUGGAGUGCCUUUUAUUCAUAUUAAAAAAUGUUCAACUCACUCAUGCUGUAUAUGUUAGGCAAGCAGCUGCAGAGUUAAUUCCUGCUGUAAGACGUCCAGAUAGAAAAGAUCUUUUAACUUAUCUCAAUGGAGAAACUUCAACAUCAGCGAGUAUUGAUAAAUCAGCUCCUUUGGAAAUUCCCACUCAGGUGAAAAGAACGGCUGAUGAAAGUUUAGAAUCAGUUUCCAAAAAGCCAAGAUUUGAGGAGACACAAGUGCAAAAAGUAAAAGAACAACUUGCUGCAAGAUUAGAUGCCCCUAAGGAAGCAUCGGUAACUGUUGACAAUAUAAAGUCUCUUUCGGAGGCUAUGUCUGUAGAAAAAAUUGCUGCCAUUAAAGCAAAAAGAUUAGCCAAAAAAAGAACAACUAUAAAAGGAAAUGAUGACAUCGGAUUAGGUUCUGAUCUAAAAGUAAUGCUUGAUUUCGAUGUUGAUGUAACAAAAGACAUUGUUUCGAGAGAAAGACAAUGGAGAACAAGAACUACUAUUCUUCAAAGCGCUGGAAAGGUUUUCGCGAAAAAUAUAUUUGCCAUUUUACAAUCAAUCAAGGCCAGAGAAGAAGGCCGACAUAGACCACCUGUUCCUGCUCCUAUGGUGACACCCAGAGCCACGCCAGCUCGGCCGGCUCCUCAACCGGCUGUGUAUAAUCGUUACGAUCAAGAACGAUUUAUUCGUCAAAAAGAGGAAACUGAGGGCUUUCAAAUCGAUACAAUGGGUACAUAUCACGGAAUGACGUUGAAAUCAGUGACUGAAGGAACACAGCCGAAAAAAGCUCCCACUCCAAUGCCACCGGUUGUUCAAACCCCCUCACCCUCCCUUCGUCCAAGCACUACCCCUAAUAAAAAAGUAUCUAGAACACCCAUAAUAAUCAUUCCUGCAGCAAGUACUAGUCUAAUUACCAUGUAUAACGCUAAAGAUAUUUUACAAGACUUAAGAUAUAUAACCACCGAAGAAAAAAAAAAUAGCGGUGCCAAAAGAGACAAUGAAGUUUUAUUACAAAGGCGAAAAGAUGGCGUGCUAACGGUACCUUACAGAGUUAUCGACAACCCACAAAAAUUAACAAAUGCCGACUGGGAUAGAGUGGUAGCAGUUUUCGUCAUGGGACCAGCGUGGCAGUUCAAAGGUUGGCCUUGGGAUGGAAAUCCGGUUGAAAUAUUUGCCAAAAUUUGCGCGUUUCAUUUAAAAUACGACGAAAUGCGAUUGGAUACGAACGUUGGUAAAUGGGCGGUUAACGUUAUAGAAUUAUCAAGAACGAAACGUCACUUGGAUAGAGCAGCUCUUAUGUUAUUUUGGGAAAAACUAGACAAGUAA